UUUUGCAGAAGUAAAAUCAACCAUAGCUAUAUAACAAUAGUUUUGACUUGUGGGCAAUAUAAAGGAAAUCUAGUUGAAAUAAUCAGACUAAAUUUCUAUAAUGUCUAAUGCAGCUGUAUUUCAUAGCACUUCUUCUGACCUUGAAGCAGAUGCUGCUCUGAAUAAAAUCUUAAAUUCGGUUCAUGGAUCAGUACCACAACUGUUAGAUACAAUUUUUGCAUUUUUAGCAAAAACCAAACCGGACAUAUUUUCUUCAGAUGGGAUUUCUCUGGAACACCUUGUAAGCCAAUCUCUCCAUAAAUGGAGAAGCAAGGUCCUUCAGGAGCAGAAAGCAACUGCCCUUCCACAUGGAUUAGCUGCUGGUGCAAGCACUAAGAUACCAGAAACAAUUACUGAUAUUCCUACUGAACAAAUAACUACAUCAAAAGGGGAGAAAAAUGGUAUUCCUCAAAAUAAUGAUCAACCCCUGGAAUUUCACUGUACAACAUCAAAGUCAUUGAUUCAAAUACCAAGUGGAGGAUCAGAAUUUCAUUGCAGCAAUGUUGCUGCUGAAGAAAUUGUUACUUCAACUAAUGUACCAGAUUGCAAUCAGGAGUCUGCCAAAUCACCAUACUCUUGGAGUCAGACAAUGGAAGACCUCGACAUCAAAGUGACUGUACCUUCACAUGUAGUUAAGGGUAAACAGGUUAUUGUUGCCAUUAAAGACUCCAGUAUAUACGUUGCUCUGAAAGCCACUCCUGAGACGAUCUUGUUGCACGGCGCGCUGCGGAUGCCUGUGGACAGCAGCGAGAGUUUAUGGGACCUCACGCCAGGCUGCUUCAUCACUUUACACCUGACGAAACGGGAAGCUCUGUGGUGGCGAGACAGCGCCCUCGUUGGAGUGAUGGGAACAAUAGAAGGCGCUACCACGCCUGAGCGCGACUUCGGCUCGAUGCCUGUUGAUGAGCAAGCUGACAUCAGAAGAAUCGUCUUCGAUGCCGAACAGAAAGCAGCUGGCAAACCUGUUUCGGAUACUCUAAAAAUGGAGAGCUUACUACGAAAUGCUUGGGACGCUCCUGGAUCUCCUUUCAAAGGCCAACCGUUUGAUCUGAGUCAAGUCAACAUCGUGCCGCAAGGACCCUCCUGAAUUGCAGGCUGUAGAUAUUACGUUAAACAUCAUGAAUAUUAUCUUAUUAUUAUUAUUAUCUCAUUAUUAUUAUUAUCUCAUUAUCAUGAAUAUUUUUAGACCAACUUCGAUUUAGGGAUAUAAAAUUGCCACGCGCUUGUCGACGUAAUUCACUUCACCAUCUUAAUUCACACUGAGCAAAAAAAAAUUGUAUUGUGAGAUGCCUUGCCCACAUUAUUUUAAAUUUUAUUCAUAUCAAGCAGGAUAAAAGUAAUGAAACAAAUGGUACAUUUCUCUUUUGAUUUGCAACACAGAGAAGGCAACAUCAAGUUAGUUUUCACUUAACGCGUCAUUACUCAAUUAUGAUUUGAAGCUGGUAGUGCAAACACUUCUGAGAUUCAUUUUGAAGUAGUCAAGUUCAAAUGCUUUACGCAUAUAUUUAUGCACAGACAAAAUUAGUAUAAGAUGAUGCCAGCCAUAUGUAUAAGUUAGUAAGAUGUUCAGAAAAUAUUAUAUCUGAGACUCGUACUCCUACUGAUAAUGACGGUGAUGUAACUUGAUAAAUGCAGCAAACGUGGAUGGCUGAAAAUGAAAAAAGGUUGUGAAUUCAACAUACAAGUGCUAUAUGGUGAUAUGCAGACAACAUUCAUGCUAGAGUACGAGAAAUAAUAUUCUACAUAUCGUUUGUGAACCUCGAUUGUACGAAUUAUAGUUGAAACUUCCCAACCUUUCAUCAGGUAGGAAGGUCGCAUCUGGGAAAUGACUGAAGAAUUCCUAAAAUUACAAGAUUCUUUGGCAUCAUUUAACCUGCCAUUAGCACGAGCUGCUGACGAAUAAACCAUUAAAAUUUUCAAAGCUUUAUAUGAUAUAUACUUUUUAAAUCAUUCUUGUUGCACCUACAACUUCCUCCUUGAGAUCCUCUAUGAACGGGAUUAAACUUUAUGUAAUCAA